CGAGAGGUCUUGUGAAUAGUGAUAAGGAAACGUAAGCUUACGUGCAGUUUCUGGAUCACCAAAAUGUUUGUAAAAAACCCUUGGAUUUUUCCGUCCAUCUUUCUGUUCUUCAUGAUAGAAUUGAAUAAUGCGGAAAUUACUGUUAAGGUAUCCAACAGUGAAUCGUUUCGUCUUCAGAUAUUUCCAAAUACUUUGAAAAACCCAACGAACUGUACCUUAACUGAUCCUCGAAAAUCAGUCACGAUUAUCCCCAUGAAUUUUGAAUCUGGCAAUCCAGAGGUCAUAAGUGACAAGGUUGUACCUCUGGGAAAUGAUGAAUGCGGAGUGAGAAUCUUUCAUGCGGAAAAGGCCGAUACCGGAAGAUGGAUCCUCACUCUUUCAAGCGAAACGGAAACCACGACUCAAAAUUUUAUAGUUACAGUUAUCAAUCAGGAUCCACCAAUAAACAGAUCAUCCUCCGCAGUGAUCGGAGCCGGGUACGUGCCCAUAUUGUGCGGUCCCGCAUCAAUGCUGUACUGCGAAUUGAAAGACCCUCUCGGAAACGUCGUUCCAUCAGGCCAAAAAGACCGAUGUCAAGCUUCAAUAAAUGGAGUAAAAGCUACAGAUUUUGGUGUCUGGACAUGCAAAGUAGCAGUUGCUGGUAGCACAACAGAAAUAUUCGCAACACAUACGCUGAACGUCGAUGAUCCUAGUGAAGAAGUUGUGAUAUCUGCAGAAAAGACAACAUUCGGUGACUCGAUAUCUUGGCAGGUCUUGAGAAUAAUACCUCAUGCAUCCUGGUGCAGAGCCAUUGCACCAAACGGUGAAUCGAUUCUGGUUUCAGCCGGACUGGAAACUGAGAAAUAUACAACCAUUGGCACCGAUUUGAGCAAACGCAGAUGUGGUCUACGUAUCAAGGGGGAGUUGCCCGAGGAAUACGUGGGCACGUGGAGAUUAGAAAUUCAACUGAAUUCCGGAAGAACUAUAGGCGGGUUUAUCAGAAUGCCCGAGGGAAGGAUACCGACCCUAGAAGAUGAAACUCCCGGGCAAGACAUGCAAAGAACAAUAGAAUUAAAAGUGGCUCCGGGACACUCGUUCGCGAUAUCAUGUCAGACGCAGUAUCCAGCGGGUUAUUGUUGGAUCAGAGGACCUAAUGGUCAGCAAAUAAUUUCUAUGGACGACUUGACAGUGGGAAGAUGCUCUUAUAAUGUUGCGCAAGCAGUUGCAGCCGAACACGACGGAAUUUGGACUUGUAACAUGGCUCACGUUAACGGAGGUCGAGAACAGCACUUUGUCACCGAAGUUAACGUUCUAAAACAAUUGUAUCAGGCUGUAGAACCUGAAGUGAAGGUCUCUCGGGGAAGCAAAGCAGUAAUCGCAUGCCGUGCGCUCUUAGAUUAUCCGUUGAGAUAUUGCAGAUUUAUUAGACCGGAUAACAUGGGGCUAGGAGUGACCCCUGGAAUGAAACCAGACGGACGAUAUUCAUACGAGGGCCCUGGUUUAGAUACUGGAUAUUGUGGACUGGCUAUAAGCGAAGUUGAGGAAGUGGACUACGGGGACUGGACUUGCGUUUCAACAUCGCAUUUCCGUACCUGGCAAACGGAGAACUCGGAUGUUAUACAUUUGGUAGAAGGUCCAAAUUAUGCAAGCGCCGCCAUUAUUGGGAUGUCAAUAGCCGCAGCUGUGGUAUCGGCUAUUGUGGCUGUCGUAUUGUUUAUAAAAUGGAAACGCAGAGAGGUACGGACUUGGAGAGAGCCGAUCGUCCGUAUGCCUACAGAAUCUGAAUGCAGCUAUUCUUGAUUCGUAAUUACCAAAUUAAAGAUGAAUAAUUAAUUUUUCACUUGACAACCAGACUGUCCAUUUAGUCAGCUAUUCGUAGGCAUAAGUAAAAUACAACCUAUAAAUAUGCAUUGA